AGUUCUGUCCCAAUCAGGCGUGUGCCCUCCUCUCAUCGACUUUCUGAGGAAGGCUGAUAAGAGCUGAGGACGCGGGGGGGUAUUCGUACAGGCGUCGAGCGCUCUCGAAAUUAUUUCUCUGCCAUCUUGGCAGCAAAGUAUAUUCGCUCGAUUGGCCUUGUCGUUCGUGCAUGUCUCUCGAUCUCCGUAGACGCAGCUGCCCCAAGCAUUUUCUUGCCCGUGGCUGCAGGUGUUCCGAUCUCCACCGCAAGACGCCAUAGAUGCAGCCAGAGGGCGACCGAAUCGACCUCGACUUGCUGGAAAAUACAGCAACGGAGCCCGACACUGCCGCGGCUAGCACCUCGAGAACGGUCGAUUCGCGCUAUGGUGUCGCAUUUGGUUGUUCUGUAUCAGCGGCUCUGACCCUCGCGGUCGUGGGCGCUCUUACCACGCGCCAGGCGUUUUCCAUCGGCGAGGGUAUAGUCUCUGAGGCGACAGCCUUGAGUGUCGCAGUUCCUGGGCUUGGUGGGGACUGGACCAGAUGGGAGCAUCUCGGUUGUCGCAAUUGGAGGGCCGUGUCCAUCAUGAAGCCCAAAACAGGUUUGACCUUGUCCCAGUGCCAGGCCGAAUGUCUGGACCAGCUCCUGUGCGGGUCCAUCAACUAUCAGACAGGGACUCGCUCCUGCGGGGGCGAGGGCAUCUCCCCGGGCGCCUGCUACGUCUUCGUCGCAGGUCGCCCUGCCGGCGGCCCCUACGUUUGCAUGCAGAACGAAAGCCUGUGCUGGGACUUCUAUGCACGCCCUGGUGGAGCGCCCGUUGUAAUGGAGUCGCCGAGGGACGGGACCGGAUGCGACAAUGCGGAUGACAUAGAGUUGCUUGCGAGACAUCAGGUGUGGACUCGGUACGAAUGUUUUGAGAGAUGCCGAACAACCCCGGAUUGCACUACGUUUUCGCAUGAGCCUGGAGAGUACACAGGAAGUCCAAAUUUCUGCCGUCUCAUGAAGGAUGGCUGCCAGAUGAAGCAGGAAGUCGGCAUGAACCUUUAUUUUAUGAAGGAAAUCACGGGGGCGACUUCGAAUUCGACGGCGUCGGAUCCAACUUCGGCAUCGACUCCGACUCCGACUGCAGAAUCCUCGUCAACGGAGGAACCAGAGGCAGCAUCCUCGACUACAGCGACACCGACGGCAGAUUUGGAGUGUGUGGUGGGGGCGUCUACCUGCCAUGAGACCUGGACAGAGGAGAAGCAGGCGCAGUGCUGCAACAAUGAGGAGUUCUGCUGCAACGCAGCUGUCCCCAAGGAGAUAUUUGAUUGCUCCAACUUCGACAAGCCUGAGUGCCACUCCUGGACUGAUGGGCAAAAGGUUGUAUGCGGCGAAAGAGGACAACAGUGCCAGGACGUCGACGCUAAUGCGGCAAAGUAG